CACUUCUGUGAAGGCAGUGCCUCAAGUCACGGCUUCCUUUGGCUGACGGACUCGCCACUCACCGGCCUCGGCCCGCCCAUUAGCAUUACAGCGGCAUGGCAACGGCGAGGAGGCGGGGGGAGAAGGUGAGGUGAGGGGUGACCGUCUUACCGGACCAGGGGGGAGAGUGCAGCAGCACCACACUGUUUCCACUCCUCACUGACUGGAGAAACGCACCGUGUUGGCACCUCGGCCAGUCAGCGCUCUCACUCACGCUCUCUCACACACGCACACACACACGCACACACGCACACGCGUGGAUAAAACGAUGCACCACGACCGCCGCGGCUCCGCACCGCACCGUCACCGCCGCUGACCAGGUGCUGGACUUAACGGGGACGUCGUUAACGUGUCAGAAGGUACAACUUGUCGCUUAUGCAUGCGCUGCGCGCGCUUCUCCCUGGUCCCGUACACAGACGACCGAGAAGAUGCUGAGCCGACUGAUGAGCAGCAGCAUCAGGAGUCUGGACAGGGAAUGCAACUGCACUGUGAGGCUGCUGGACGACUCGGAGUACACCUGCACGAUUCAGCGGGAUGCCAAGGGACAGUACCUGUUCGACCUCAUCUGCCACCAUCUCAACCUGCUGGAGAAAGACUACUUUGGUAUUAGAUAUGUUGACCCAGACAAGCAGAGGCAUUGGUUGGAGUUUACAAAGUCAAUUGCCAAACAAAUUAAAUCCCAGCCUCCAUUCACCAUGUGUUUGCGUGUCAAGUUUUACCCGCCGGAUCCCGCUGCCCUAAAAGAGGAAAUCACCAGAUAUCUCGUCUUCCUGCAGGUUAAGAGGGAUCUCUACCAUGGUCGCCUCCUGUGCAAGACAUCCGAUGCUGCUCUGUUGGCUGCCCACAUAUUACAAGCUGAAAUUGGCGACCACGACCCCGGGAAACACCCAGAGGGCUACAGCUCCAAGUUCCAGUUCUUCCCCAAGCACUCUGAGAAGUUGGAGCGGCGGAUUGCUGACAUCCACAAGGCUGAGCUGAUAGGUCAGAGUCCUGAAACAUCAGAGCUCAACUUCCUCCAGAAGGCUCAGAGUCUGGAGACAUAUGGAGUGGACCCUCAUCCAUGCAAGGAUGUGUCCGGCAACCCAGCUUUUCUGGCUUUUACUCCUUUUGGAUUCACUGUGCUGCAAGGAAACAGGAGGGUCCAUUUUCUCAAAUGGGAGGAGGUGACCAAACUCAAGUUUGAAGCAAAGACAUUCCAUGUAUAUGCAAAUCAGACGGAGGAUAAGAAGAUCAUACUGACAUACUUUGCACCUACACCUGAUGCCUGUAAGCAUCUGUGGAAGUGUGGAGUUGAGAAUCAGGCCUUCUUCAAGUUGGAGAAGUCGAGUCAAGUCCGCACUGUGUCAAGCAGUAAUCUCUUCUUCAAGGGUAGUCGCUUUAGAUACAGUGGAAAAGUUGCAAAAGAGGUGAUGGAACAAAGUGCCAGAAUUAAAAGAGACCCACCUGAGAUACACAGGCAUGGCAUGGUGCCCAGUAGGAGUUGUCCAUCCAUCACCCACGGCCCUCGUUUGACCAGUGUGCCAAGGACCCGACGGAGAGCUGUGCACAUCUCCAUCAUGGAGGGCCUGGAGUCCCUUCGAGACAGUGCUCACUCCACGCCCGUACGCUCCGUCUCCCAUGGCAAUUGCUUCAUGUCUUCUCGGGGCCAUUUGGUGGACGGCGGCGAGGCCAGCACCUCGGCAGUCAUCUCUGAUGAGGCCUACAGCCCUUCAGACAGCGUGCUGCCCUCACCCGUGGCCGAACACGGGAUGGACAUGUCCUCGGCGCGUCACCUCAACGGUGCUCCCUGCAGCGCGGAUGAGCAGCAGUCAGAAGCCGGCUCAUCGAAGGAGGGGCACGCAGCAGAGUUUUCUUCUGGCAGGAGAGCCCUGCAUAUGGUCAGGAGCAGGCCUUCACCACCGAGCGACGUAGAGGAGCUGAACAAAUUCAUCCUGAGCGUGUUGCGUCUGUUUGUGGUUACCAUCGGACUGCUGUUCGCCCUGCUGCUGCUCCUCAUCAUGCUGACCGAGUCAGACCUGGACAUUGCCUUCCUGAGAGACAUCCGCAAGACACCGGAGUUCCAGCAGUUCCACUUUGAAUACUUCUGCCCUCUGCGGCGCUGGUUCGCCUGUAAGUUACGAUGGAUGGGAGGUUUCCUCAUCAGUAAGUGAGGCUGAGAUUGAAAUACACAACACGGGAGGGGGGAAGAGAGAAAAGGAUGGUGUCCCUUUUCCCGAUAUCAACUCAGCUUCUCCCAGGAAGAGGUUUCUGUCCCGAGCCACAGACUGUUCCAUGCCUUGUUUAUUAUGUUUGACCAUCACUGCGAGGAUUGGAAAUCGCAUUUUACUUUGGAAAUUCAGGUCAUUUCAAGGUAUUUUAUUUUUACACAAAGCCACAGUAACAUAGUUUGAUUUAAACACUGAAAAGGUAAAAGCAAGUCAAUCGUUUAAUAGUUGCCUUUAUUUUUGUAUUAAUUUAUACGUUGCAAUAUUAUUGUCAGACAGAAUGACCUGGUGUGUUGUGGUGUGUGUUGUGUAACCUGAGAGUUUGAGCUAAGUACUGAGAGAAGACGGGAGGCAGUCAAGCUCACCUAAUUUUCAUAUUUCAAAGCCAACAACAACAUUCAUGAUGCUAAAAUGUUAUUAUGGACCCUGCUAUGAGAUUGAAAACUACUGCUUUUAGAUGUCGUAGCAUCUGGGGGUUUGAGAAAGUGUGAAAUGGAAAACUAAGCAGCACUUACUGACUGUGGAUCGGUCCUGAGUCAAAUAACACUUGCAAAUAUUAUUAUUGCUUUUAUUCAAAUUUGAGCCAUACAGUAAAUGGAUUUGCCAUGUGACACGUGACCGGAAAUAGUAGAAAAAUGUAUUUACCAGACUUUUAGAUGAUUGACAACUUCUACAAAUUGUCCUAAUGUGGUAUACAACCCAACAUCUGGUAAAUUAAAUUGAAGCAAAUGCUAAGAAUUACUUGCUGUAGCUAUUUGAGCCAGGAGUCAUGUUGGUGCUGCCCUGUUAGAUGGCUUGAAUUAUCAUUUUUGUAAUAAGUGUGACUUAGAUUAUGGUCAGAGUGCUCUCGUUAACAUUUUUCGUCGAGCCCUUAGAGCACUGAUAACGUUUUAUUUUCCAAUGACUAUGAAUUAUGGAUUAUUGUAAGGCUAUAAGUAAGUAAGGAGGUGGUAGGUUUACUGGUUUUAUAAAAUAACAGCCAAAUAAUUCUUAUAGCUACAAUCAACUUCAAUGUGUAAGGAACAGUUGUCACUUUGCCGUAGUUUCUUUGACAGUAGUUGUAACGGUGCUGGGACUACGUGAGCUAGAGCUGUAGUGAUAGUGAAGUGUUUGGUUAGUUCUUUGACUCCCACACUCUGUAGAAGGAGUUUAUCUUGAUGUGCAAUACUGUUAAUAUAAAAAACAAGAUCCUUUCCAUUCAGCAAAAUUUGACCUUGUUUUACCUUUUGUGCAAGAAUUAGUGCUAUACUUUCCCCACAUCAUACGGUUAAGAGAGAUUGAUUUUAGUUCAUGCUGCGUGAAGGUCAUACAACUUUGUUUAACCUUGCUGUGUUCAAAUUGAUGCAUUCAGCUGUAAAGCAUCACACCUACCAAAGAAACCUCUGUUGUCUGGUGUUUGUCAGUUUGCAUCAAUAGAUGGAAACUGAUAGUCUGCUCUCCUUCUCUAGCCUUAUUACGUAUUUGUUGUUUCACAGUUUAGCCUGCAGUGCGUCUUUACAGCUCAGAGCAAUCAACAGCAUAAUGGAAACUAUUGGUCCUCUCAGCCAGCCUAGUGUUUGAUUGGGAUCUAAUAGGUAUUCUGUGUAUCAGUGGUGAUGAUUGACUGAUCGGCAGGUAUAUAUAUCAAUAUACCUAAAAGAAAAUGGAUGUAUUUAUUAUGAUUAGCUGAGGGGUUUAGAAUAUGUAGGCUCCUAUAGGCAGUUUGGUUUGUUACCAUUAAUAUUCACAUCUUUCCCAAAAGAAUCCACAGGUUGGAGUUAAGUUUAUCCCUGAAGUAUUAAAUAAAUACCUGGUCUUUGAAUGUUGAUUGGAUUUUGGUGCAGUAAUGACAUUUUAAGAUUCAUAAAUGGUCAAAUAACAAGAAGUAUUAAUAGUUAUGUGAGUUGGAUGACUAAGACAGACAUAUUGACCGAUUAUUUAUAUUUAACAGAAAAACAUUUUGUGGUUGGUUUUCAGACGAUGAAUUAGUUAUGCUUUUGCUUUCAUUCAGACCAUGCUCGCUGGUUUCUGAUUGACUGGGCGAGGCAGAAAAUAUGUGAUUACUGUAGUAUAAUUUGUACUUUAAAGUCUCAUUUUAUGUUCAUGUGUAUGACAAAUGUAACAUAAUUUGAGCAAUAAAUAACAGAGUUAUGAAUAAUAAUAAUAAUAAUAAUAACCAUGAACAGCAAAGGAAUGUCUGCUAAACAUUCAAAACGUCCCUUCAGAAGGUGAAACAACCUGUCGAUGCAUGUGUAAAGGGAGCGGUGCCCAUCGUCCCUGAGCCCACGCAGUGGUAUAAUAACAUUGUCGUGCAAGUCCUGUUUAAUUGUUGCCUAAUACUAGACUGCUCUAGUAGAUGCAAGUUUUCUUGUGAAAGUACAUGUAAAUGAACUGGACACCAAAACAGUAGACCCACUCUGAACUGUUUUUUUUAGCCAAUUUAGAACAGCAGAAGUAGCAUAUUCAACUACCUGAACAUCUCCUCUUGCGAUGUAGUUUUGUUUGUAUCGUUAAAAUCUGUUUCAAAUCACUGGUCCUGAUGAAGAGGGGUGACGGUCCCAUUGACGGGCAACUCCUUGUGUUCGUUUUGCUGAAUCAUGUAAAACAGGAACGAGGCCUGAUGUGGUCCUACUGUAAGCUUCUUUCCUGUACCAUGGCCUGCACAUGGAAAUGUCUCUGUAAGCAUGUGUUCUGCAUUUAUUACCUCCAAACAAGACUGCUUAUUUCCAAUCACUGACUUAAGACUUGUGUAAUUUGUUUAUGAAUAAAUAUAAUCUAUUCUUGA